GAAUGGUCGCCUGGCAAUGAUGGCCAUCAUCGGCAUGUUUUACCAGGACGGCCUCACUGGCUCAGCCUGGGGUGACUGGGCGAACUUCACCGAGUCUCCGCUGCGCGCCUCCGCCCCUGACUUCUCUGCGGAGCUGGGCGUGACUCCGCCUCUGGGAUUCUUCGACCCACUUGGCCUUAGCAAGUUUGACAACCCCGAGAUUGCGGCGCAGCAGUUCCGCCGAAGGCGCAUUGUCGAGCUGCAGCACGGGCGCGUCUCCAUGCUGGCGUGCAUCGGAUACAUCGUUCCAGAGUUUGUGCGCUUUCCAGGAUAUUGCGCCCCAUCGCAGAACUUGGCAUUCACGGACAUCCCCAACGGACUGAAGGGUGCGGCCGCCGUGCCCCUUGCAGGAUGGCUCCAGAUCGUCACCUUCGUCGGCAUCAUCGAGGUCUCCAACCUCCAGAACAUUCAGACGGACAUCCUUGGCGACUACGGCUAUGGUGCCUUCGGCCUCCCCUUCGGCAAGAAGAUCGAGGACCCGGAGAAGAAGAUGAAGAGCCUGAACGCGGAGAUCAACAACGGAAGGCUCGCGAUGUUCGCCAUCAUCG